AUGCCUGACAAGAGUGAAAACCCUGCAAAAACCCAACCCUUACACCCUGCAUACACUGUCACUAACAUCCAACACAAAGUUCGUGUGUUGGAUGGCAAGAAAGUUUCAUACUCCUCAUGGGUGAAACUAUUCCAGUUACACGCCGAAGGCUACGAAGUUCUCUCUCACAUCAACGGUACAGACCCUCCAUCUAAAGAAGACUCAUCUUAUGCUGACUGGAAGAAAAUCGACUCCAUUGUUCUGCAAUGGAUCUAUGGUACCCUUGAUGAUGAUCUUCUCGGCCCGCGUGUUGCCGCCCUUGAACAACAGUUUGUCAGCCUUAAGCUCCGUGACACCGCCUCUAUCGCCGACUACUGUCAACGCCUCAAAGAUCUUGGCACCCAACUCAAUGACCUUGAUUCCAAGAUCGAUGAACAACGAUUAGUCCUUCAAAUGGUCCGCGGAUUACCCGCUGAGUACGAUGUCACUGGAGCCCUUAUCAUCCAACAACUGCCAUCGUGGGAAGACGCCUGUAACAUGUUGCAGUCCGAUCACGAUCGUCAAGUCGCUAGAGAACCUGUCACACCAGUGGUAGCAGCCGCAGUUCACGACGACAACCAGCAACAUGGUCGCCGCUCUUACACAAACACUCGGUCAGACCCCUCUCGUGGUGGUUCACGUGGCGGCAAUCGUCGCCAUGGAUCGGGUUAUCGCAAUUAG